AUGAAGUACCUUCAGUUCCUCGCUGCUGUCGCAGCCGUCUCUGCCUUCUCGGGCCCUGUCCUUGCCGGCAGUUCCGUCGAAAACACCAACCAGGUCUUGCCUGUUCAGCUCACUGGUGCUCUCUUCUCGCAGGUCGCCAAUGGCCAGCACGCCGAGCGCGCCAUCAAGGUGGACAACAGCGCCCAAUUCGUUCCCGUCCAGGGCACCAUUGCCGCGCUCUCCGCUGUUCUUAACGAGCAAAAGGCUGGCAAGCGCUCUUUCUCAGUCGAGAACACCAACCAGGUGCUCCCCAUCGACGUCAUCAUCGCUGGUCUCUCGCAGGUACUCACCGAACAAAAGGCCGCCAAGCGCGACAACAUUGUCAAGAACACCAACCAGAUCCUCCCUAUCGAGGCCACCAUUGCUGCUCUCUCGGCUAUUGCCAACGGACAGAAGGCGGCUACCAAGCGAUCUACCGCUGUUGAUAACUCGUCGCAGUUUAUCCCCAUUCAGGGUACCCUGGCCGCUUUUUCCAACGUCUUGAACUCGCAGAAGGCCACCAAGCGUAACACCGGAAAGGUGGUUGACAACACCAACCAGGUGGUCCCAAUCCAGGGUACGCUUGCUGCCCUUUCUACGGUGCUCAACGAACAGAAGGCUUCCAAGCGUGGCGUUGACGUUGACAACAGCUCUCAGACGCUCCCUAUCGAGGCCACCAUUGCUGCUCUCUCUACCAUUGCCAACGGUCAGCAAGCUGGAAAGCGUAACGCACCUGACUUCGACGUUGUCAAGAACUCGAACCAGGUUCUGCCUAUUCAGGCCACUGCUGCGCUCCUCUCGCAGAUUGCCAACGGCCAGUCCGUUGAGAAGCGCAACGCUCCUGACUUCGACGUUGUCAAGAACUCGAACCAGGUUCUGCCUAUUCAGGCCACCGCUGCGCUCCUCUCGCAGAUUGCCAACGGCCAGUCCGUUGAGAAGCGCAACGCUCCUGACUUCGACGUUGUCAAGAACUCGAACCAGGUUCUGCCUAUUCAGGCCACCGCUGCGCUCCUCUCGCAGAUUGCCAACGGCCAGUCCGUUGAGAAGCGCAACGCUCCUGACUUCGACGUUGUCAAGAACUCGAACCAGGUUCUGCCUAUUCAGGCCACCGCUGCGCUCCUCUCGCAGAUUGCCAACGGCCAGUCCGUUGAGAAGCGCAACGCUCCUGACUUCGACAGUGUCAAGAACUCGAACCAGGUUGUGCCUAUCCAGGCCACCGCUGCGCUCCUGUCGGCCGUCAAAAACCUCCAGUCGGUCGAGCGCAACGCUCCUGACUUCGACAGUGUCAAGAACUCGAACCAGGUUGUGCCUAUUCAGGCCACCGCUGCGCUCCUCUCGCAGAUUGCCAACGGCCAGUCCGUUGAGAAGCGCAACGCUCCUGACUUCGACAGUGUCAAGAACUCGAACCAGGUUGUGCCUAUCCAGGGUACCGCUGCGCUCCUCUCGGUCGUUGGCAACGGCCAGUCUGUUUCGAAGCGUCACGAGGGUGAGAACAACAUUGUCGACAACACCAACCAGGUGAUUCCAAUCCAGGCUACGAUUGCCGCGCUCUCGACGCUCCUCAACUCGCAGAAGGCCGAGCGUUCGUACUCGGUCGACAACACGAACCAGGUUCUCCCCAUCGAGGCUACGCUGGCUGCGUUCUCGUCGGUACUCAACUCGCAGAAGGCUGAGCGUUCGUACUCGGUCGAAAACGACAACGAGGUGGUACCAGUCGAUCUGGUUGCCGCUGCUCUUUCGCAAGUGGCUAAUGGUCAAAAGGUGACGCGACGAGGUGAGACCAAAGAAUCAAUUAAACAUAACGUCAACCAAGUAGCACCUGCUCAAGCCUCACUUUCCGCCUUGUCCGAUAUUGUCAACAGCGCGCACUCCCGCCGAGCGAUGGAUGUAAAGCAGUACGAGACUCUGCAGUACGCCAUUAACGCUUUGCAACAGGCUUUGGACAAGACCAACACGGGCGACAAGACACACCAUGUCGAUGCUAUGACGGGCACCGCCGAGCAUUUCGACGAGCGCGAUGCUGGCCUCGACCCCGCUGCUUUCCUUGGCUCGGCCGCGAGCGGAAUCUCUGUUCCUGUCGGCAACAAAGAUCUGCUCAAGAGCCUUGUUAAGCGCUACGCAGCCGAGGAAGACGAGGCGAUGGCGAAGCGUACCCCGUCCCUCAACGGUCGUGGUCAACGCCCACGCCCUCGUAACAGCUCGUCGAGCGAACACAACAACAACGGUCAGUGCUCGGUUGGUGAGGCUAAGUGCUGUAGCCAGGUGAUCACAGACGAAGGCAAGAAGAAGACGCUCGCUGGCCUUCUUGGUUUCAACAACUUGGUUGGCGACAUCGGCCUCAAUUGCCAACAGAUCCCUGUCCUCGGCGUUUCGCUUCAGAGCAUCUGCAAGGCGACGCCCGUCUGCUGUACCAACGUUAGCCAGGAUGGACUUGUCAACGUAGGCUGCACUUCGAUCCCUAUCAACUGA